AUGGUUCUGAAAUUAAACGGAGGAGAGUGUGAACAAUUUUGCGACGCUGAAACAUGUACACUGAACUUCAUGGGGGUACAAUGCCAGAAACAGCAUCAGAACGCUAUUUAUUGUACAGAUCAGUUGCAGUCAUCGUCGGCAUCACCAUUAUCGUUACUUUCACCAUCACCAUUACCAUCCUCUUCAAUAUCGUCAUCUUCAUCUGAAGCAGAAGCAUCAGCAACAGCAGAAUCGGAAUCAGUAUCAACAAAAUCAUCAGCAUCUUCAUCAUCACCAGCAGCAGCAUCGUCGUCUCCACCAUCGUCAACUUGGAAAUCUACGUUGGAAGUACUUAAGAAUCUGGCAAAUGGAUCUGUUUCUAAACUUAGUGGAAUAGAUAGCAAGAGAAAUAAUUCUUUGAAGGAGGCUAUGCAAGUAUUUGAAGACUUCAUCGAUAAUUUUCUAAACAUCACGACACCCAAUAAAGGCCAACUUAAUGAU